GAGGUGCUGCCACCAACAUACGACGUCGCGGCCGCCGACGCGGCUCCUGCUUACUGGGAGACGACCAUCAUCGGCGGCGGCCUGCAUCCUCUCGCACCCGGCGGCAUGGGUUGGACGCCGGGCGGCGCACACGUCGGCGCCAUCGAGGACCUUAUCAUCGAUGGCCUGCCCGUCGGCAACUUCUUUGGCUUUGCGUGGAACUUGCUCGUGUCGAUGAGCUUCCAGUUCGUCGGCUUCCUCCUCACCUACCUCCUGCACACCACACACGCUGCGCGCUGCGGCUCGCAGGCCGGCCUCGGCAUCACACUCAUUCAGUACGGCUUCUUCCUGCGCACUCGCUCGACGCUCGACGUCGGCAAGCCCGUCGAGGAUGCGCCCAGCGCCACGCCAACCGGCGACACCUCUGCUCUCGGCCAUCAGUGGUGGGAGCUGCAGCACGGCGACAUCGCCAACGGUACAGCUGAUGCGCUGGCUGCUGGCGCCGAGGCGCCCGGCCACGAGGCGCAGCACGACGACGGCCUCUUCCCCGUCGAGACGGGUGCGGAGUGGCUUGCCUACAUCCUCAUGGUGCUCGGCUGGUUCAUGCUGCUCUCCUCGCUGCUCUCCUACUGGCGCGUGCACCGCUGG